AUGGAACUCGAAAGAGAACACUCCCACCGGGAGCCCGUCUCCCUCAGAAGAAAACUUAAGCGACAGUCUACCAGCACGAUAGACAAGUCGCUACCCGCUGAAGGUAGGGACAAGCCUGCUCCCUACAAGAAACCAUCUUCUCGCCACAGAGAUCCGUCUCGCCGCGAAGAUCGACUUCGCCGCAACGAUCCCCUCCGCCAAGAAAGGACGAGAGCCCCCCUCCGUCCGCACCACGCCGCUCGAGAAAAUCUUCCUCGAGCGACAAACCCCGCAGCUCGAAGAAAUCCUCCUCGAGCGAGAAGAUCCUCAAACUCAUGGAGAAUCUCGUCAAGCCACUCGCCGACGGCGACUUACCACCAAGAACUCGAACGGGUGAAUCGUCGCCUCGACGAGGUCGAUUCGAAAGUUCAUCGCGCCACCAGCUCAGCUCCGGAAUUGACGAAAGCACUCGCCGACACCCGAAGAAGCCCGCUCACCCGCAGGCUCCGCCAGAUUGAGCUACACGAAAGAGUUCGACUCAAAAUCGACUCUUACACCGGCGAAGAAGACCCCAAGAAGUGGCUAACCGCGUUCAACCUCGCCAUGAGGAGGGAGAAAUACAAAUCUUACGAUGAAAGGGAGGCCAACUACUGUCAAGUAUUCGUCGAGCACAUGGCGAAAGAUGCCUUGACCUGGUUCUCUAACCUCCCCGCCGAGUCGAUCGAUAACUUCGACGACCUAACCAAUGCUUUUCUGAAGCAUUACUCCAUGCACAUGACCCGAAUCACUCGGAACAUGUUCACCACAACGCAAACCCAAGGCGAACCAUUGCGCAGCUUUAUGGAAAGGUUCAAACAAGCAGCUCGCGACACUGGCGACAUGCCCGAUAGCGUCCCGCUAGAAGCACUCCGCAACGGCCUCUGGUACGACUCCAAGUUUAAGGAGGAUUUGUCACUAAAACCCCCUGCGACUCUGGAGGACGCGUUCCACCGCUCUCGGAACUACAUCUUCCUCGAGGAAGACCAGCGCUUCUACGCCGAGAAACAUGGAGAUAGGAGGGCAACCUCGACGAAACCCAGAGAGGAACCCAUGGAGGCACGAAAAGAUACGAAUCCAAGAGAUGUCGCGACACCCGAUCUCGACGACUCUGACACGUUUUGCCGCCUCCACGGAACCGGUGACCACUCUACAAGAAACUGCCGACGCCUAACUCGCGAUCUCCUUCGGAGAUACCAGCACGGGGAGCUACCACCGAUAAAAGGGGACCGCUCUCGUCACAGACGAAAGCCGGCACAACCCGUAAUCCCGGAAAACACGCCGGAUGACAUAACGAACUACUCCGACGAAUCAGGGCAAGAGAUUAACAUGAUAAUGAGCAACCCCAUCCAUCGCGAUUCCAUCUCGACGAUCACGGAGCAUGAAUACGCAGCGGUGGAGCACGAUCGCAACCCGACCCGCGAAGAAAUCCCCACUAUCAUCUUCACGGAUCAAGAUACGGCGGGGCUGGAUACCCCUCACGUCGACCCACUCGUGGUCAGCUUGCACAUCAGUGACUCCAGCGUAGCAAGAAUCCUGAUCGAUACCGGGAGCACGGUGAAUCUAAUCUACAAAGAGACCCUCAACCGCAUGGAAAUCAGCAGAGACCAGAUCAAGCGUUCGUUGUACUCCCUCACCGGGUUCACCUCCGAACACGUCUCCAGUGAAGGCACGAUCCGCCUACCUAUCCACGUCGGCGGAACAACCAAAGCCGCCGAAUUCUUCGUCAUCGAUAAACCAGCCAUUUACAACGCCAUUUUGGGCACCCCAUGGCUCCACGAGAUGAAGGCCGUCGUCUCGACCUUUCACCAAUGUGUGAAAUUCCCGGCACAAUCAGGAAUUUACACACUGAGAGGGAAUCAAGGGGGCAGCAAGGUCAUGCUUCCUCUAUGA